GUCUCCCGCGGAACCAUCUCCAUUUUCAUCUCAGCGUCCCCUCCUACAACGACGCCCCAACUUCCAUGAGGCCCCGUCCUCUAUAUAAACCUCCGACCCCUAGCUACUCCCAAGUCCAAACACAGACACACAGGCACCAAAUUCACAGCAAACUCUGUCUCGCAAGUGGUUGUGUCGAUCGAUCGCCAGCGAUGGCCGGAGAGCAGCCUCGGUCGGGGGCGUCCUCGGAGGUGGCGUCGUGGUGCUGCGUGCUGGCGCUCGUGCUGCUGGUGGGGUCGCUUGUGGGGGAGGAGGAGCGCGGAGUCGGGCCGGCGGUCGUGCGCGGGGCGCGGCUGGCAGCGCGGCCGUGCGAGGAGCUCUACGUGGUGGCGGAGGGGGAGACGCUGCACAGCAUCAGCGCCCGGUGCGGCGACCCCUACAUCCUGGAGCGGAACCCGCACGUCCACGACCCCGACGACGUCUUCCCCGGCCUCGUCAUCAGGAUCACGCCGCGCGCCGACGGCAAUGGUCCCGGCGGCCACAAGUGAAGGGAAGGGAAGGGAUGGCACAGUUCGUUUGCACAGACGCCCCUGUACAUCGCUCGGAUCCUCCUCGUGGUCGUGGCGAUCGAACACGACGCAGGCAGGGAAGGAUGGAACGCUCACCCUCCAGUCUCCAUGUUUACAGGCCUGUCUUGUACAUAUUGCAUGUGAAAACGGCCUUUGAUCUAUGACUAUGAACAGAAAUAAGAUGCGGCUGGAGUUCCUUGACGUACGUGUCCGGGACACCAGGCUGGGCCUCUUCGUUUUGUUU